UCCUUUGGAUUCCCAAAGCUGGGAAUAUACCUUAGACAACAUCCUUUACAUCCUUUCGAGUGGGGAUCAAAUUGCGGGUUAUUAUUAUUAUUUUUACUGACACGUGGACCUUCGUCAUACAUUUUGUGCUGCUGACACCUAGGACUUCACAAGGAUGGUACACCACCUGCCUUCUCUGUUCCAAAGGAAAUUUAAAGUCAUUCUCUGUUCUCUGCUCCUUUUGGCUGUCCUGGUACACAUGGUGUUGGAUCUGACGCUCUCCGCUGGUCUUGAUUCUUGUGGAUGUACCCGCAAAGUAGAAGAUCAACCUAGUCCUGCGUUAUCAGCCCAGAAUAAGUUAAACCUGAGGAUUCUCCAGGACUUCAGUGGUAGCAACAGCUCCCUGGAGAAAGGGGUUCACUCACCAGAAGGCGUACCGCACGCAGGUAGCAGGGGCAACAUCCCCCUCCAAAGUCACAACUUCGAGCCGAAAGAAGCAGAAGAAAAACCAACAUGGACAGGCAGGUCCAAACUGGCUGCGCUUUUCGACCAUCCGCUCUACAAGAUUCCAAUCCCAAAAGUUAUGAAGAAAGACAAGCUGUUUGCUACCAGACCAAAGGUGAAGAUGUUUGUGAGAAGUAGCAAUGAAUGGGCUAGCAACAAUAAGGCACACGUGAAGCUUCCAAAACACGAUACCAACCCUGCUUGGCUCCGGUUCUACACUGGCAUCAAUCGCUAUGAACUGUAUGCCCGCCAUGACCCUGCUCGCCAUGCCACGAUGGAAGAUUUGGCCAUGCAGCCAAUUGUCAGCUCAGUUCAGAAGCCUGGAGGGACACAACUGAAGCUGAUCAUGACCUUUCCCAACCACGGACAAGCCCUCUUCAAACCCAUGAAGCAAACCCGAGAUCAGGAGACUCCAGCAGAUUUCUUUUACUUCUCAGAUUUUGAACGGCACAAUGCAGAAAUAGCAGCCUUUCACCUUGACAGGAUCCUGGAUUUUCGAAGAAUUCCCCCCGUUUCUGGCCGUUUGGUGAAUAUAACCAAAGAAAUCCGUGAUAUCACAACGGACAGGAAACUGCUUAAGACUUUCUUCAUCUCCCCAGCCGGCAACGUCUGCUUCUUUGGCGAGUGUUCCUACUAUUGCUCCACGGAACACGCUUUGUGUGGCAAACCUGACCAGCUCGAAGGCUCGAUGGCGGCCCUCCUGCCGGACAAAGAACUGGCUGAACGGCGUUCGUGGAGAAGCCCCUGGAGGCGUUCUUACUCCAAAACCAAGAAAGCUCAGUGGGAGUCAGAUGAUGAUUACUGCACAGAGGUGCGACAGACGGCACCAUAUGACAACGUAUCCCGACUCCUCAACCUCAUCGACAUGACUGUGCUUGACUUCCUUAUGGGAAACAUGGAUCGCCACCACUAUGAGACCUUUGACAAGUUUGGGAAUGACACUUUCUUCCUUCAUCUGGACAAUGGCCGAGGGUUCGGGAGACACUCCCAUGAUGAAGUGUCCAUUCUGGUUCCACUUCAGCAAUGUUGCAUUAUAAAAAAGUCAACGUUCUUGCGCCUCCAACUGCUUGCUAUGGAGCCUUAUCGCUUGAGUGACGUCAUGCGUGAGUCCUUGGCCACUGAUCACCUGUCACCAGUCUUAGCGGAGCCUCACUUGAAGGCAUUGGACCGGCGGCUCCAGAAGAUAUUAGACAUGGUGGAGGACUGCAUGAAGAAGAGUGGAGAAAGCCAGGAAGUCCUGAUAAAUGACUUAAAAGGACAGCAGUAUACAUCCUCAGAGCUGCGUGACAAGAGAAGUAGUGCUGCAUGAAGGGGAUAGAUUCCCAGCCCUUUCAAACACACCUCUUUAAUGCUACCUCUUACCUUCAAGCCUUGCCGUAGGGAAGUCACUAGUCAUUCUGUACUACAGUGUGGACAUAAAGGGGUUAGGGAGCAACCAAGGGAGAAUGGAACGUGGAAUAUCUUAAAAGAACAAGAGGGAGGUCCUGGAAGCAAAACUUGGACCAAGUAUAAAAGGAAAAACUGUGAGCAUUCAAGCUCUUGAAUUGUCUUGAGACUUGCAGUGAAGCCUUGGAAGCCUGAUGGGCAAGCUGUAGUUUGAAUGGAAGGAUAGUUAAAGCAGGGGUAGCCCACAUGGUGGCUUCCAAGUGUUGGUAGACUACAACUCCCAUCAUCCCCUGACCACUGGCUGGAAGUGAUGGGAGCUGGAGUCCAACAACAGCUGAAGGGCAUCAUGUUGGCAACCCAUUAAAGUUAUUAAUGCCCAGCGGAGCUUCAUUUCUGUUCCUUUGUAUAAUUCCUUUGUAGCUAUAGGAAAGGAAUGUGCCUUCUCUUCCUCCUCCCACUUCUCAGAGCAAUCUAUACAGCCCAGAAUCUCUCUCA